UUAGAAACGCAGAAAUCAAUGGUCCUGAGUUCUUUGCAUUCUCUCUGAACCCUUUAGCUUUAAUUCCUUCAACACCGAUCUUCAUCCACAUUACUCUUUGGAUUUUUCAUGGAAACCUCAACGCUUCAUCAUAGCCCUAAUUUUGGGCUAAUUAUGUUACCAAAUAUGAAUUUGAACAUAGCCACAACCUACCUUCAAUAUGAUGUUUAUCGCUACUUUUGGUACACUAUUCAUACUGAUGGGAAGCUUCCCAGAGAUAGAGCAUGUGGUGGAAGUUCCACUUCUCUCCAAGGCCACUUCCACUACUUCCCACAACCACAAGGGUGGCUUCAGAACCUUGCCUUUCAUCAUAGCAAAUGAGGCAUUUGAGAGGCUGGCUAGCAUUGGACUAAUGCCUAACAUGAUAUUGUACUUGACAAGAGAGUAUGGGAUGGAAACUGCUGCUGCCACCAAUUUCCUCUUGUUAUGGUCUGCUGCCACCAAUUUCACACCCCUCAUUGCUGCUUUACUUGCAGACUCUUGUGUCGGUCGAUAUUCCAUGAUUGCUUAUGGUUCUGUUACUAGCCUGUUGGGAAUGGUUCUUCUAUGGUCAACAACCAUGAUUCCAAGGCAAAUUUCUAACCAAUUAACCAAUGUCUAUAACUCCACUUCAACAAUGCAACUUUUGAUCUUACAUUCCUCUUUUGCCCUUAUGGCCAUUGGAGCUGGAGGCAUAAGAUCAUCCUCUUUAGCCUUCGGUGUUGAUCAGUUAAGCAUGAAGGACAAAGAUGGGAAUGUUAAGGAAAGUUACUUCGGAUGGUACUAUGCUUCGGUCACAUUGUCGAUACUUCUUGGUCUAACUGGUGUUGUUUACAUUCAAGAAACCAUGGGAUGGAAAGUGGGGUUCGGAAUUCCUGUUAUCUUAAUGUUCAUAUCGACUAUAUCGUUUUUCUUAGCUUCUCCAUUUUAUGUCAAGCUAGAGACCAAAAAGAACAUGGUGAGUGGGUUAGCUCAGGUCAUUGUAGCCUCUUAUAGAAAUAGACUUGUUCAGUUGAAUCAGGAAUAUGGAAAUUUGACAUACUACCACGAGAAGGAUUCGAUUCUCCUAGUGCCAAGUGAAAGUUUGAGGUUUCUCAACAAAGCAUGCAUGAUUAGAGAUCCCUCACAAGAUCUCAAACCAGAUGGAAGGCCUUUGAAUCCAUGGAAUCUUUGCACAGUGGAUCAAGUGGAAGAACUAAAGGCACUUCUC